UAUUUCUAUAAGUCACACUGAGCCAUUAAUACGACGACUCUCUUAUUACAACUCUUACAUUUUACAAUUGUGAAUGAAUAUGCAGAGAUGUCGGAGUGUAAUGGGGUUUCUAGCUUAUUAAGGUACUCGUCGAGUCUAAAGACGCUCCUGGCCCUUUAAGAGCGGAGGGAGGGGGUUCUGAACCGCUUGGCUGCGGUGUUUUUGUCUCCAUGUCAGUGAGCGCUCCUGGCCCAAGACGUCUGAACGGAUUUAUAAGGAUAGGUGCUGACCGUGAGAAAGAGGGGAGGGAAGAAAAAUAGGAGAGAAGAGAAGCCAGAGUGAGGAGAUUGGGAAGGAGGAGAGACAAACCCUGCAGCACUCUGAGCAGCUGGUGAGGUUUUGUGGGUAAACGUGUGACAUCAUGGCUCAGGUGCUGCACAUGGACCCCAGCUUCCCAGGAGGGAAGCUUACCCCGUCCGCUCCCCCCUCUCUGCAUGGGAAGGAGCAGGAGGCGCCCUACUCGGUGGAGACCCCCUACGGCUACCGUCUGGACCUAGACUUCCUCAAGUAUGUCAACGACAUUGAGAAGGGCAACACCAUCAAGAAGGUGCCCGGUCAGCGCCGGCCCCGCUACGGGUCUCUCCCCCGGGGGUACGGCUACACAGGCUCCUGGUGGACCUCCACAGAGUCCCUGUGCUCCAACACCAGCCAGGACAGUCGCCAAUCAUCCUUCUCCUACUGCGCCCCAGGCUACCACCCACACAGCUCCCACUCCCACUCCCAGAGGCCCAGCUUCAGCACGGCCCGGGUGGAGAAGACCCUGCUGGACGCCCGCAGGAAGUUGGAGGAAGAGAAAGAAGGGGCCCCCAGGAGGUUCUCCAGCACACUGGGUAGCAUGCACAACAGCAUGGCCGGAUCCACCACCUCCCUGAGCAGCGCCCACAGCUACAACCGCACCCAUGGAGGAGGAACGGGCUCCUUCACCCCCAUGAGCUCCGGCAUGUCCACGCCUGUGUCGCCCACCCCGGCCCACCUGCAGCACGUGAGAGAGCAGAUGGCGGUGGCUCUCAGGAAGAUCCGGGAGCUGGAGGAGCAGGUGAAGACCAUCCCUGUGCUCCAGGUGAAGAUCUCUGUGCUGCAGGAGGAGAAGAGGCAGCUAAGCGUCCAGCUGAAGAGCCAGAAGUUUCUGGGACACACCCUUGGCUUUGGCAGAGUGGGCCGGCCCCGAGGGGAGCUCUACAUCGACAUCCCAGAGGAGGAGGUGAGCUCUGGGGCUGAAGUCACCACCAGGGUUGCAGCAGGGCCUCUGUCCCCCACCACCCCAACCAGUCCUGAGGGCUCCAGGCCGCAGGCAGACUCAGGCUGUGAGAUUGAGGACACGGUGAUCGUGGGUGGAGUGCGGCCGGCUGGGCAGAGGGAAGUGCGUACCAUUGGGGUGGGACCAGAGGAGGCGAGGGGCAGCCAGCAGGUGGAUGUGGGCAUUGGGGUGAAAGAGCAGGACCUAGGGCUGUUGCCGGAGACAGAGGCCCUGAAGAGCCAGGUGGGCCAGCUGGAGGGCCAGCUGAAGAGGACGAUGCAGGAGCUGCAGGCUACCCAGCAGCAGGUGCAGGCAGCUCAGAGGGAGAGGCAGGCUCUGGCCCCCCAGGCAAACCACUCGGUCAGGGCCACCAGUCUGAGCUGGCAGGAGCAGCAGGGACGCAGCCUGCAAACAGUAGUCAGCUUUACCCAGCAGCCCCAUCACCGGGCGCAGAGAACUGUGGGAAUCCAGGUGUACACCCUGGAGCAACCAGCCACUGUGGUGGGGGUGGGCACGUUGCUCCGAGCAGAGGGGUGCAGCUCCCCCUCCCUCCCUCCAGGUGGUACAGUCCUGGAGGGAACCCACAGAGGACAUGCACAGGCCCUGGGCCCAGAGGAUGCAGCUGUUGAGCUGCCCAUCGCCAUCUCCUCCAAACAGGUUCGAGAGGUCCUAAGAAGUGAGCUGUCCACCUCUGUGCCUGUCACUAAUCCUGCCAUCGCCAUUGAUACCAUUGGUAAUCAGAUGGCUUUGCUGCAUCUGAAGGAAGGAGAGACACCCCAGCACACUGCCAUAAACACUGUCCAUUAUCAAGAAGACCCAUCAAAGCCAGCUGCAGCAGCCUCUCCCCAGACCGCCCUGAGGUCCAUUAUGAAACAUAAGGCAGAAGGAGAACCUGGCUCUCCAUCCACCAAGAAGAACCUGCAGUUCACUGGAGUCAAUGGAGGGUAUGAGUCCACCUCCUCAGACGACAGUAGCAGUGAGAGUUCAGAGGAGAGUGAUGCCAGUGAAUAUCAUGAGACCACAGAGAAACUCCCAGAAGCACCAGAGUCUGCUGCGGGACGGCACCAGCAAGCAGCAGCAGUCCCAGUCUCCUCCACAAGGCUAGAGCAUGCCACCCCGCUCCCAACCACCACCGUCCAACCACCAGCCUGUCAACCUGCCUCUGAGCGGAGCACCAGCCAAUCAGCAACCAUACGCUCAGGACUGCAGCAUGUAUCCACCUUAUCACCAACCUUGAACACUGCCGUGCAGCAAUGUGCCUCUGACUCUACCCCCACUGAGACUACCUACCCAUCUCCAGCCAAUGACUGUGGCCGUCAGGGGAGUAUUGUCCAAUCAUCGGUCCCUGACCCUAUCCCUCAGGAGUGUACCUCCAUAAAUACUAGCACUGAACCCACUACACCUGAGCAGUGCACCAUCCAAUCAGCACCUACCUGUUCUGCACCCCCCAAGCCACCCAGAUGCCAACCAGAAGCCACUAACCCGGAGGUAAAGCAGGGUGUCACCCAAUCAAAUACCACUGAUGUCACCGUUCAGCUAGAUGCCAUCAAAUCACAAACUACUGACCUCGCCCCUCAGCAUUGGGCUACCCAAUCGUCAGCUACUGAACAAAGCUCCCAGCAGAGGAUAGUCCAAUCAUCAGCCUCGACACCAGCACCUGGAAACGCCCCAAGUGCUGCUGGAGCAGCCAAUCAAGAAACCAGACUGGAGUUCAGUGAGAGCCUGAUGGCAUCUCUCCAUGCCCUGCAGAAAGCCCUGGGUGAACCAAAUGCUUUCAGCCAGCAAGCAGCAAGGACAGCCUACACCACGGUGCUCCAGGAGUGGCUUCGUGUGUCCUGUCACAAGGCAGCUGACACUGCCAUGGUCAGGGCCUAUAUGGAUACCUUCUCCUCCGUCUCCCCACAGCUGCUGAAGUUUGUGGUCAAUAUGGCCGACGGCAACGGCAACACGGCCCUGCACUACACCGUCUCCCACUCCAACUUCCCUGUGGUCAAGCUGCUGCUGGACACUGGCCUGUGCAACGCUGACAAGCAGAACAAGGCCGGGUACACAGCCAUCAUGCUGACAGCUCUGGCUGCCUUCCACUCUGACAGUGACCUUCACACUGUCCUGCAGCUGCUGCGCACAGGGGACGUGAACGCCAAAGCCAGCCAGGCGGGUCAGACGGCGUUGAUGCUGGCAGUGAGUCACGGGCGAGGGGACAUGGUACGGGCGCUGCUCUCCUGCGGGGCACAGGUCAACAUCCGCGACGACGACGGCUCCACGGCGCUCAUGUGUGCCUGUGAGCACGGCCACGUCGACAUCGUGCGUCAGCUGCUGUCUGUGCCAGGCUGUGAUGUCACCCUCACUGACAACGAUGGCAGUUCAGCCCUGUCCAUAGCCCUGGAGGCCAGUCAGAAUGACAUCGCUGUGCUUCUCUACGCUCACCUCAACUUCGCCAAGCCUCCUUCCCCUGUAUCACCAAAGUCUCCUCUUUUGGGAUCCUCUCCCCCCUCUGGUGAAACAAAGUGACCACACUGUAAGAUACCUUUUGGAGAAUUUAGCAGCACCUCUUCAACCAGCUCCUCAACCAUUCCACCACAAGUGUUGAUAUCUGUGUAUAUAUAUAUGUGUGUGUGUGUGUGUGUGUGUGUGUGUGUGUGUGUGUGUGUGUGUGUGUGUGUGUGUGUGUGUGUGUGUGUGUGUGUGUGUGU